GAGUGCGCUGGCAUAGCCUGUCCCUGGCUGCAGGAGAAGAAAGAUCUGUGGUCAGGAGUUAACAGGCGGAAGUCAGUUUCCAGAGCACUUUCACCACUGCAGUCUUUGCAAAGUCCUUGUGUUACUGGGGUUCCCUGGGUCCUUGUCUCCUCCCACAGGAUGCUGAGGGCAGCCCUGUGUGCCGUCUUUCUCUUAGGCGCCCUGCCAUCAUUGGCCAAGGAGUCCCGAGGGCAUGUCUCAGUCGUCUUGCUGGGAGCCACGGGGGACCUGGCCAAGAAGUACUUGUGGGAGGGGCUGUUCCACCUCUACCUGGACCAGGUGAGCAGCGGCCACAGCUUCACUUUCCACGGGGCUGCGCUGACGGCGCACGAGCCAGGGCAGGGGCUGAUGUUUGAGGUGCUGAAGAAGCUGGCCUGCCCGUCGGACGUGUCCCCCGACAGGUGCGCUGUGGUCAAAGACCAGUUCCUCAAGCUGAGCCGGUAUCACCAGCUGAAGACGUCCGAGAACUACACUGCCCUGAAUCGGGAGAUUGAGACCCUGCUCCAGCAGGAGGGGCUGGAGGAAGCCGGCAGGAUCUUCUACUUCUCGGUGCCGCCCUUCGCCUACGCGGAGAUCGCCCGCCACAUCAACGGCAGCUGCAGGCCGCGCCCCGGAGCCUGGCUGCGGGUGGUGCUGGAGAAGCCUUUUGGCCAUGACCUCAAGUCAGCCCAGCAGCUGGCCAUCGAGCUGAGGACUUUCUUCCGGGAAGAGGAGAUGUACCGGGUGGAUCACUACCUUGGCAAACAGGCUGUGGCCCACAUCCUGCCUUUCCGAGACCAGAACCGACGGUUUCUGGACCCAAUCUGGAACCGGCAUCAUGUGGAGAGAGUAGAGAUUGUCCUGAAGGAGACUCUGGAUGCUAAAGGCCGCACCAGCUUCUAUGAGCAGUACGGGGUCAUCCGCGACGUGCUCCAGAACCACCUCACCGAGGUCCUGAUGUAUCUCGCCAUGGAGCUGCCGGCCAACAUCAGCAGCACUGAAGACGUUCUCCGGCGCAAGCUGCAGACCUUCAAGGCAUUGCAGGGCCCGGAGAGCACCAGCGCGGUGCUGGGUCAAUACCAGGCCUAUGCCAGCCAGGUGCGGGAGGAGCUGCAGAAGGCACAGGACUACGUCAGCACGACGCCGACCUUUGCAGGUGUGUUGAUUCAGCUAGACAGCCUGCGGUGGGAGGGAGUCCCCUUCCUCCUCACCUCUGGCAAAGCCCUGGACGAGCGGGUAGGCUACGUCCGUGUCCUCUUCAAGAACCGGGCCUACUGCACCCAGCGCGAGAGCCUGAGGGAGGCGGGACAGAGCCAGUGUGGAGCCAAGCAGAUCAUCUUCUACAUCGGGCACGGGGAGCUGAGCUGUCCUGCCGUGCUGAUCAGCAGGAACCUCUUCAAGCCCAUCAUGCCAGAAGGCAGCUGGAAGGAGGUGGCGGAUCGCCCGCAGCUGAGCCUCUUCGGGCUCCCGCUGUCUGAUUACUACGUGUACAGCCCCGUGAAGGAGAGAGAGGCUUAUUCUGUCCUCAUUUCCAGCAUCUUCCAUGGCAGGAAGGACUCCUUCAUCACCACUGAGAACCUGCUGGCUUCUUGGGAGUUCUGGACCCCACUGCUGGACAGCUUAACCCAGCAGGUCCCACGCUUGUACCCGGGGGGCCUGGAGAACCAGCACCUCCUGGACUUUGAAAUGGUGGGCAGGGAGCUGUCCUUCACGCUGGAGGAUCCGGUGGAACUGCUGCACAUCGACGGGCAAAAGCCGGGCGAUUACAGAACCAUCCAGGCCAAGUUUCGGCAAAGCCCCUUGGUCUCGGCUUGGCCGGAGGAGCUGAUCGCCCAGUUGGCAUCAGACAUUGAGACGGCGGCGGCCGAGGCUGUGGCACGCUGCGGCGAGUUCCACCUGGCCCUGUCGGGCGGCUCGAGCCCCAUUGUCAUGUUCCGGAGGCUGGUGACCCACCACUACGGCUUCCCAUGGAGACACACCCACUUGUGGCUGGUGGAUGAGCGCUGCGUGCCGCUCGCCGACCCGGAGUCCAACUUCCGCAGCUUGCACGACCACCUCCUCCAGCACGUCCGGGUGCCCUACCUCAACAUCCACCCCAUGCCGGUGCACCUGAACCGGCGGCUGUGCGUGGAGGAGGACCGGGGGCCAGAGCUGUAUGCCAAGGAGAUUGCAGCGCUAGUGAACAACGCCAGCUUGGACUUUGUGCUGCUGGGGCUGGGCUCCGACGGGCACACGGCCUCGCUCUUCCCGCGUUCAUCCAGCGGCCUCGAAGGGGCCCAGACAGUGGUGCUCACGGAGAGCCCCGUCAAACCCCACCAGAGGAUGAGCCUCAGCCUGCCUCUCAUCAACAAAGCCAGGCAGGUGGCCGUGCUGGUGAUGGGGAAGGGGAAGCAUGAAAUCACAACCCAGAUGAGUAGAGUGGGGCAGGAGCCCAAAAAAUGGCCUAUUUCAGGGGUCAACCCCAGCUCUGGCCAGCUGGUGUGGUACAUGGAUUAUGACGCUUUGCUUGGAUGAUCUCUUGGUUUAUCCUCCCCUCACGCCUGUCCCAUUGCCCCCUGGAGCCUUGAUUUUCGAACACUGCACACAGGCUCCUGUGUUUACAAUAACAGCUCCUGCUCUGAACAGUCCCUCUAACUUUUGUGAAGAUCCAUUGGCUGUAACGGCUCUGUCAUCUGAGCCUAGAAAGGGGGGCGGCUCAGCGCUCAGAGAUCAGCGUUGUAUUCCUGACUUUACCCCUGACUGCUUCUGGGACCUUGGGCAAGCCACGUCGCUGCUCUGUGCCUCAGUUUCCCCCACACCCUAUGGGGUUAAUAAUACCUACCUACCUCGCAGGAGCCAUCCAAGACCACUCUGAUUAAUUGCCUGCAGAGCUCUUCAGGAUUCUCAGAGGAGAGGAACAGAGAGAAGCGCAGUGUUACUGACUGCUAAUGUUCACCUCUGAUCAGACAGGCUGACAGAAGCAUUUUCACGGUGGCCAGAGGCCCAGUCACAGUCCCAUUCAGAUUGUGCUCUAGUCCCGUAUGUGCCAACCCUUUACUUCAGCAAAAUACUGACCAUUUUCCCACUCUCUUCCUCUACGGAGUCUUCUAGGGCUGGUCUACAUUGUGGGGGGGGAUCGAUCUAAGAUACGCAACUUCAGCUACGAGAAUAGCGUAGCUGAAGUCAACGUAUCUUAGAUCGACUUACCUUGCGUCCUCACGGCGCAGGAUCGAUGGCCGCGGCUCCCCCGUCGACUCCACUUCUGCCUCUCGCCCUGGUGGAGUUCCGGAGUCGAUGGGGAGCACGUUUGGGGAUCGAUUUAUUGUGUAGACGAGACGUGAUAAAUCGAUCCCUGAUAGAGGUUAGUACCCCUAGUCUAAUGUCUUCUGAUGCAGUUCCUGUUUUAGAGCUCUCCUGUAUUGGCAUGUGUGGGGCCUUGCUUCAUUGUAAGGGCAUGAUUGGGUACAGUCAUUGGGCACUGGAGUUUUCCAGACCCUGCCUGCUUGCCUUAUGCCAUCCACAGGGAUUUGUCUCAUAUUAACCUUUGUCAAUUGCAUUGGCCCUGUUAUUGAUUCCACCUCCUCCCCCUCUUCCCCCUGCCCUCCUCCCCCCCCAAACAAAGAGAAACAACCAGUCCCCUUCCCUACAUGGCUGUGUUUAUGCAGCCCUGGAAGCUGCAGACACCCCGGGACCAUCCCUUGUGUGACCAACACCGCCCCCUCCCUGGCACUGAGCUGUGUGCUGAGUGCCGGUCUGAGGCUUUAGAAAUUGUCCUGGUGCACAGGCGUAGCUGUCAGUAGCAAUUGCUGCUCUUCCUAAAUGGGAAGCCAGCACCCCAGGGGGAUGGAAAAGGCAAGGGAUUUUUAGGUUUUCAGGAUUAUGGGGAUUGGGCUGAGAGCAUCGUGGCUCAGCUCCCGUUAUUCUGGAGAUGGCAUUUGUCUGCGGCGUGACGUUACUGCUGCACGAAGCUCCCCUGGUCAGAGGAUCAGGGGUGGAGGGCAGAGUUAGCUGCAGAUGGAAUUGGGUCUCCUUAAAUAUCCUGAGGUGCCUUUGUGUUGUACUCCCCGGGAAGAGCCCUCCUCCGCCCUCAGGGGCAAGCUGUGGCAUUGUUCAGCACUUAUGACAUCUCCCCGCAAGGCACCUGUAUAGAGUACUACGGUCUUCAGCAGUAAUGAUCCCGACACCCCAGCGCUUACGACAAGGAUACUGCCGCGACCUGGGCUGUUACUCCAGGGCACUGGGGUGCUGUUGGAUAAGGGGAGGGAGUUUUCUGUCUCCUGGGUGUUUUCUAGCCAAUCCACACAUGGCUGUCACCGCGUAGGGAGGACCCGUCCUUUGAAAACAUCUGAGGGAGGACAGAAGAGCCUAGACCAACUGCACAAAAGCGGGGGGUGCAGUCCUGUUUAGUAAAAGGGGGAAGAAUCUUUAGAACCCUCUUUCCCCCACUGCCUAAAUUCCGCCUUGCCCAGAUGCUGCUCGUCCUUUAUAUAAUCCUUAGCCCCAUAUACUCUUGUGAUGCUAUGGCCUGCUUUAGUGGGCUAUUUACUAUGGAGUGCAGGAGGAACGUUCUUUUUUUAGAUAAGGAAACCUGGAUUCUGCUGACUGCACUGGGAGAUGUUGAGCUGCUCUAUGAUCUGUUUGGGGGGCGGAGGUAAAUCCCCCCAAGCGUUGCAGGGCCAGGAGUACAAGACAGAGCUGUAGGAACCCAGAAUAGGGACUUUCUACCAGUUCCUGGCAAAUCCAGAUCCGCUGGUGUCUGAUCCGCACCCAGCAAUGCCACAUCCUUGGCUGGCAGAACUGGAGAAGGGAAGAAAGUGGCGGUUUUCAGAAGGAUUUUUAGCAGCCCCCUUUUGGGGAGAGUGAGUUGCUGGCUGUUGACUCUCUGAUGUUUGCAGCUAGUGAAAGAAUUAGUUGUCCAGCACUCCAGUCUUGUCGGAGUCCAGAUGGACGUCGUCAGUCAGUGACGGGCGCGACUGGAGUUCAGUGGAAAAGCUGGAGUCUGACACAAGAUGGCGCCCUGACCAAACAAACCAAGUGGUGAUAAAUUGUGUGUAUUUUCCAAGUUUGAGCCUGAAACCAGGGGAGGCUGUGCCUCUCCUGCUUGCGAGGUUCUCAGGAGCCAGCCCUCCUGACCGACUCGGAUGUGAAAUGCUGAUGGAGUGGGGAGGGAGGAAAAGUCUAUCCAGGGGUCUGGGAGGUGGAUACUGGGGCGAAAUUCUGUCUGACUUGCACCCCACUGAACUCUAUGGACAUUGGUGGAAGAGGCAGUCAGGGCACAGGCAGACCACUAGCCGUGUUGAUGCUGCAUAAGCUGGGAAGGAGUUGGGUUCAUGCUAAUGGCUGAGGGGCUAGCAGGAGUAACAAAUAGGGAAAAACACACUAAAAUCAGCAGCGAGGAUUCGGGGUAUAACGGGCUGCAGGACAUUUCUUCCUGUUUUUCAGAGUAGGACUUCACUGUAAGCUGGUUUGGAGUUCUGAGAAUAUAUAGAUUUGUUGCGGGGGUGGGGUGCGUUGUCAAAGUGCUUCAAAGAGGGAAGGCAUAUGGCUAACGAGAAAUAUCCAGCGUUAACAGAGUUAAUACCAAAAAAAACGUGGAAGGGAUGUAAAACCCCUCCUCUGCUGAGUCAAGCCAGCCUCUGACUACUAGAGAUCAGGAGGAGAUGUAAUGUGGGGGGUCAGAUUAUCCCACAUCUGCGGGGGGGCGUCUCCUGUACCUUCCUCCAAAGUAUCGGAUGCUGGCCGUUGUCCGAGACGCGGGGGACAUGGGUCACCUUCAGUCUGGCUGUUCCUGUGCACCUGUGUUCCCACUCCUGCUCAUUCCGAAUGGCUUUUAUUGUAACACGCAAUCCUCUUUUAAUGCUGUGGAUAAAAAUAAAAUGGGGAAGUUCUUGAGAACCAAUCCCUUGUUUUCAGACCCGGGGCAAACUAAGGUAGUGAGAGCAGUAAGCUGGGGUGGGAGACGUGUUCUGAUCGCAGUGAAAUUCAGAGCUGAGGCUGCUUUGACGUCUGCCACUGAGGUCGUUGCACCAGUGCAAGCAUCUAGUGCGGAAAGACCAAGCUGCAGUUUGCACUGGUGCCUCUGAUCAAUCUGGGAUAAAUGGCUCUGCUGCAAGUAGCUUGGCUUGUCUACAUUAGGGAGGUUGCACUGGUGUAGCUACAUCAUCGGCUCAGAUCCCGAGGAGACAAAGGCUGUCUAAUCAGAUAUGAGCAUGGAUUGGAGCUACCUCCUCCAUGGAUUAUAAUGGCAGGCGGGCCUACCUAUCCGCCUCAGAGCAAAGGGUAAGCGUAAAGCAUUGUGUAGUGGGGAAGCCCUGGUGGUUGCUUUUAGAAGGGACGAUGCUGUGGCUUACUGGCAUUAGAAAAGGUUUUUGGUCUUCCUCUUCUCCAUCGUGUCUCAUACCAUCCGCUACAUUGUUUUCUCCAGACAGAAAAUCCUCCCGCCUCUGAAAGCAUUAACACAGAGUGCCACUGCCAUCACAACCCCCUACGAUAGGACCUUGUCACGGGGUGCUCCCUUAGCUACCCGCUGUGCCUCACUUCCUGGCCUGCUUCCAUGGUCCCUCAGUCCCAAACCAAAGAGAGGAUACAGGUAUGCUGCAGGCAGGGCUUUCCAUACAGCUUCUGAGAUCCCCCCUUCCUGAUCCUCCCAAUUACUGCCAGUUAUUCCAGUCGUGUAGUAAUUACCCCCCAGGUGCUCAUAAUCCCCUAAUAGAAAAGUGGUUAACUGCUUCCCGCUGAGCCCGUAGCCUUUCCUUGUCUGCAACAACAUCAGUGCUUAGGGUGGUGCUGCUCGCCCUCUGUCACAGACCUAGAAGAACACAAUUCCCCCUGCUCUGCUGGCUUGAAGUGCCAGGUUGCUAACAAACGCUGCUAAUUCCAAAAUGUGCCCCCGGGGCUGAAGCAGCCAUGUAGAGGAGGAGGUUUUAGGCCUGGGAUGGCUGAAAAUUCAAAGCUUCAUUUUUCUUUGUUAAACAAAAUGAGCUGUUUUACCUUCAGCUUCAUUCAAAUGGCGUGUGUGGUGCAACAGGUUUAAUGUAAUUAAA